GCAUUGUUCCUCUUAUUGGGCAACGCUACGCUUAACAGUAUUCGAUAUUCGUAUUCUACUGUACAUACAAUUUCCUCCAUCGGCGAAGAAUUUUCAUCGCGGUAGCAGCAACCACAGCCGUGUCGCGUCUUUCUCACCGAUUGACAAUUCAAAGAAACCAGCGACGUCCAUUGAAUUCUUAUUAUCCGCGAUCCGAAGCUAUUAGGGCUCCGAGGUAGCUGAAUCUUGGGCUUGGGUGAUUUGCAGAUUACAGGAUGUCGAAUCGAUCGAGGCAAAGUAUCGCGCAGCUUUCAAUUCAAAUUGCUAUUCUACUGCACCGAGUGUGUAUAUGCGAAAUGACGAUUACGACACCGGACGAUUUCAAACUCGACCGUGUCACUCCGGUUGCGGCAGAUGAAUUGGAUUCGAGGGAACAUCCUUGUCGACGAAAUUGCGAAGACGGAGCUCCGCCGAUGGAAUGUCACUAUAUUUUCAAGCUAGAGGCUUAUCACACGAUGAGCAAAGCGUGCUACGAUUGUCCAUUUAACGUUACCGAUUGUUUUCGGAUGCACUGCGUUCCGGCCGACGGCGUCGGAAGAUCAAUUUUGGUGGUCAAUCGACAAAUGCCAGGACCGCGUAUCGAGGUGUGCAAAGGCGAUAGAAUAAUAGUCGAUGUAAUCAAUUUACUGCAUUCCGAGAGUACCACGAUGCACUGGCACGGUCAACAUCACGUGAAAACACCGUACAUGGACGGAGUUCCGUACGUGUCUCAAUGUCCAAUUCCGCCAGGAUCGAGUUUUCGAUACGACUAUCUGGCUACGGAGGCAGGCACGCAUUUCUGGCAUUCGCAUUUAGGUUUCCAACGAGGCGAUGGCGUGUUUGGUCCAUUGAUCGUUCGUACGCCUGCGAUAAUAAACUGGCAUAAGAAUCUGUACGACGUCGACGAACACGUCCUAUUGAUCUUGGAUUGGACCCAUGAAUUAGGAAUCGAUAAAUUUUUAAGUCAUCACUAUGCCGGCGGAGACAACAAACCGCCAAAUAUACUGAUCAAUGGGCUGGGUCGUUUCACGACUGGUUCGAACGAUAAAAACAACGCUUCCGCUGCAAUGCCUUUGGCAACGUUUGUCGUCAAGCAGAAUACUAGGUAUAGAUUUCGACUGAUCAACGCAGAGUUUCUCAAUUGUCCGAUCGAGUUGUCCAUCGAUGAUCACAUAAUGACCGUGAUCAGUUCGGACGGUCGCGACAUCGAACCGGUCCAGGGAAAAAGUUUGGUAAGCUAUGCAGGCGAAAGAUUCGACUUUGUCAUCGAUGCGAACCAGAGUAUAGACAAUUAUUGGAUUCGAGUUCGAGGAUUAAUGGAUUGCGAUGAAAGAUUCACGAAAGCUUUUCAAGUUGGCAUAUUACGAUACGAUCGCGCGAUCGAACAAGAUCCUAAAGGUAAAGUUGCUUACGAACGCGAACCGAACGAUCGGCUGGACAAGAGAAUAAACGGUUUGAACGAGGGCACAGAAAGGAAUAGUAGUAGCAUCAGUGUGCCACUGCUGAGAGCGAAGGAUGAAAACGAUCCAUCGAAUAUUCUCGAGCCGGAUUAUCAAUUUUACAUCACUUAUGAUUUUUACAAGAAAGACAAUCCACAUUUCCAUCGUAGCGGCUUGUAUGGCUUCGAUCAAGUUGAAGAAACCAAGCGAGUUCUCACUCCACAAUUGAAUCACAUCUCGAUGAAGCUGCCAUCCGUUCCUCUACUGCCUCAGCGGGAUAUCAUAGACCAGAAUCAAUUCUGUAACGAGAGUACCGUUCAAGGAUGCAAAAAGUACUAUUGUGCCUGUACCCACGUUCUUCGGGUCAAACUCGGAACCGUGGUGGAGGUGAUUUUAGUAGACGAAGGUUUUGCUUACGAUGCGAAUCACCCGUUUCAUCUGCACGGAUAUCAGUUUCGCGUGAUCGCGAUGGAAAGGAUUGGUAGAAAUGUCACGGCCGAGGUUGUCAAGAAAUUGGAUGAACAAGGUUUGAUACGCAGAAACCUCGAUCGUGCUCCUUUAAAAGAUACCGUCACCGUACCAGACGGUGGUUACACUAUUAUACGAUUUUAUGCCAAUAAUCCAGGUUAUUGGUUGUUCCACUGUCAUAUCGAAUUUCACGCCGAGGUCGGAAUGUCGUUGGUUUUUAAAGUUGGAAAUGACGAAGAUAUGCCCCCGGUACCGCCUAACUUUCCGUAUUGUGGUAAUUGGCGAACGGAAAAGAACGGCCAACAACAAGUAGAACGAAACGACUCGAAUACUGUUUCUUCGAGUACCAUGAAGAAUCGAACGCGAGAACCAUCGAACGUCGCGAUCAAUGAAAUCACCGAUAACAGAAUGCAACAAUUGGUGGAACUAUUUGCUCAAGUUCUAAGAACAUUACGAAUCUCUUCCUCGACGCGCACUUUAGUCGUUUCGUAUCUCUUACUUUGUUUCUGUAUUUUCAUUGCCACUGUUCCUAUACUUGAAUAUUAUUAGCAUUCGAUUCUAAUGCCUAUAAUGGAUAUAAUUACAUACACGAGUCGAUGUAAUUUACACCUGGAUUUCAAUAUCUCUCGUUUCGCUCUAUCGAUAAUGCAUCGAUAAAUGUUUAAGUAGAAACAUGUUAUUAUUUCGAAUCGGAGGUUUAAAAUUUACUUCACGAUUCUACAGUCUAUACAUACAUAUAGUCUACUCUGCAGUAUUACCGUUUUUUCUUGUUACACAAGUGUACACGCACACAUGUAUCAUGUAUACAGAAUAUAGAAUUAUCAUAGUCAUAUGUCAUACGGGUUUUAAUUGUAUUCUCGCUUAUAUCGCGAUAUAAUUUACAUGUAAUUUUUAUGCUGUGAUAUUAUCAUUAUUAUUAAUACUAGUAUUAUUAUUAUCAUCGCGUAUACAUACAGAUAUAUAGGUACAUAAAUGUGUGUACGUCUGUAUAUUGUAUAUUUUAUAUUGUAUGUAUAUUGAGAUCAGCGCGCGUUGCGGUAGUCUUUUCGUGCGGUGUCCGAUAACGAUAACGAUAACUAUAACGAAUGUGAAACGUUUGAAUACGCAACAUGUAUUUAUUAUACAUAUAAAUAAAUUUCUUCUUUUUGUACA